AUGUCAAUCUUGACUGAUAUUAAAAAUAUAAAAUCGGUGCUACCAUCGGUCAAUUUAUCAGUCACCUACUCAGUUCCAACUGAAUACAGUGGAAACAUGAGGAGCUUACUACUAUUUUGUAUAGUUUCCGCGGCUUUAGCUUAUGUAAGCUGCCGGGAUUUGGUGAGAGAAAAACGGGAUGCCGAUUUAGAAGUCGCAGCAAGUGGGCACGGAGGAAAAUGGGACAAAGGAGGUGGCAAGGAGCACCAUGAACAUCAUCACCACGACCACGGUGAGAAAGGACACAAGGGUUACAAGGGGCACCACCACGAAGAACAUGGCAAAAAGGGCCACCACCAUCACGAGGGUCAUAAAGGACACCAUGAUGAACAUGGUGGUCACAAGAAACAUCAUCACCACGACGACGGUCACCAUCACGAACACCAUCACGGUGAGAAAGGACAUAAAGGACAUGGCCAUCAUGAAGAAGGACACUAUCAUAAGGGACAUUCAACCAAGGGCCAUCACGGAGUCCACAAACAUGAUGAAUUCAAGAAGGAAAAGCAUUUCCACGAUCAUCAUCACGACGGCGGUCACCAUGAACACCACGGAGGUCAUCACGAAGAACAUGGUCACAAGAAGGGCGGUGGAUUCCACAAAGGUCACAAACAUGGUGGUCAUCAUCAUCACGAACAUGGCAAGAAAGGUCAUCAUGAGAAGGGAGGACACCACCACGACCACAAGGGACAUCACGAUGAAGGAGGUCAUCAUGAGCAUCAUCAUCAUCACCAUGAUCAUGGCAAGAAGGGAGGUCAUGAGGACCACAAGCACUGGGGUUACAAGAAGGGACACAAAUAA